AUGUAUCAUUUAGUUGCAAAGUGCGGUCUCAAUUUCAAACCAACGGCUCAAAAGCCAAUUGAAUAUAAGUACGGUCCACGAUCUGUCGCCAUCGGCGAUUUCGACAAUGAUACAGUUUUGGAUAUGGUUGUCGCCAAUCAUAUAGUGAAUAAAAUAGCUGUGUAUUUGGGACAUGGUGAUGGCACUUUUAAGGAUCCAACUAUGUAUUCAACAGGCUCCUACUCUAGUCCUUACACGGUCACCGUUGGUGAUUUGAACAAUGACAACCGAUUGGAUAUUGCAGUAGCGAAUUUCGGCACUAACAAUAUCAACAUCUUUCAUGGAUUUGGGGAUGGAUCUUUUGCAAGUCAAAUAGAACUUUCAACAGGCUCAUCUCGUCCAAUAGCAAUUGUUGCUGUUGAUUUCAACAAUGACUCACUACUUGAUAUUGCCACUGCCAAUCACGGAACUCACAGUAUUAGUAUAUUCUAUGGAUAUGACCAUGGAAAUUUUUCGCCUGCAAAUACGUAUUCAACAGGUUAUGAUUCUCUUCCAUCCUCAUUAGCUGCUGGAGAUUUCAAUAACGACAACUAUUUAGAUCUCGCCAUCGCCAAUUAUGGCAGGAAUAAUGUUGGCGUACUUUUUGGAAAUAGUAACAGAACUUUUGAAAAACAAAUCACGUUUUCAACUGGAUUUGCUUCCCAUCCAUACUCAAUCGCUAUUGGCCAUUUCAAUAACGACGGAUUUGUCGAUAUAGCUAUCGCCAAUUCUGGAACACAUGAAAUACGUAUACUUUCGAACAAUGGCAAUAGAACUUUCAAUCAUCAAGCCACCUAUUUCGUUGGUUCUGCUUCUCCAUAUGCGAUUGGCGUCGGAGACUUCAACCAAGAUAAUCGAUUGGACAUCGUCAUCACUAAUAAGGGCAUAGAAAAUAUAGGUGUACUCGUUGGAUAUGGAAACGGCUAUUUUGAAAAUCCAAUUAUGUAUUCAACUGGAUCUUAUUCUUCAAUUUCUGUUGCCAUAGGUGAUUUCAACAAGGACCAUCGAUUGGACAUUAUCGUCGCAAACAAUGAUACUAGUAGCAUAGAUAUUCUCCUUGGUAAAUAUGAAGGUUUUUUAAAUCAAACAAGAUAUUCAGUUGGCUCUUAUCCACAAUCUGUAGCUAUUGCUGAUUUCAACAACGACACUCAACCAGAUAUCGUUGUCGCCAAUUGGAAUAGCAACGAUGUGAGUGUCCUUUUUGGAUAUGAGAACGGUUCUUUGGCAAACCAAACAAGAUAUUCAGUUGGCUCUGGUCCACAAUCUGUAGUUGUUGGUGAUUUGAACAACGACACUCAACUAGAUAUCGUUGUCGCUAAUAUGGAUAGCAAUGAUGUGAGUGUCCUUUUUGGAUAUAAGAACGGUUCUUUUGCAAAAGAAACAAGAUAUUCAGUUGGCUCUUAUCCACAAUCUGUAGCUGUUGGUGAUUUCAAUAACGACACUCGACUAGAUAUCCUUGUCGCGAAUACUGCUAGCAAUGAUGUCAGUGUCCUUCUUGGAUAUGGGAAUAGGUAUUUUGCAAAAGAAACAAGAUAUACAGUUGGCUCUAGUCCAUAUUCUGUAGCUGUUGGUGAUUUCAACAACGACAAUCGACUAGAUAUCGUUGCCGCCAACAAUGGUAGCAAUGAUGUGAGCAUCCUGCUGCAAUAUAACAGAGGAGCGGUAGCAUAUGGAAUGGCCUAUGCAUCUGGCGGUGGAUCUAGCCUACAAUGUAUAGUGAUUGGUGAUUUAAAUAACGACGAUAACCUAGAUAUCGUCUUGGCAAAUUACGGUAGUAAUAAUUUAGGCGUCCUUUUUGGAUAUGGAAAUGGAAGUUUCGAAAAUCAAAUGAUGCUUACCACUGGCUCAAAUUCUCAUCCAACAUCAAUUACUAUUGGCGACUUUAAUGGCGACAGUUUAGUAGACCUUGUUGUGGUUAAUUAUGGUACAAAGCAAGUGGGUAUGAUGCUAGGAUACGGGAACGGAACAUUUGCAAAUCAAACGAGUGAAGGAAUUAGUUUCGAUUCGCGUUCGCUAGCUGUUGCUUCUGGUGAUUUUAAUAAUGACAAACGAUCUGAAAUGGCUAUCAUUUACGAUGGAAGGGAUAAUGUAGAUAUCUUUGCUGUAUACAAUCAUGGUUCAUUUUCAAAAGAAACAAGAUAUUCACUUGGCUCUUAUCCAAGUUCUGUAGCUGUUGGUCAUUUCAACAGCGACACUCGAGUCGAUAUCGUUGUCGCCAAUUAUGGUAGCGGUGAUGUGAGUGUCCUUCUUGGAUAUGAGAACGGUUCUUUUGCAAACGAAACAAGAUAUUCAGUUGGCUCUGGUCCAAGUUCUGUAGCUGUUGGUGAUUUCAACAAUGACACUCGACUGGAUAUCGUUGUCGCUAAUAUGGAUAGCAAUAAUGUGAGUGUCCUUUUUGGAUAUAAGAACGGUUCUUUUGCAAAAGAAACAAGAUAUUCAGUUGGCUCUUAUCCAUAUUCUGUAGCUGUUGGUGAUCUGAACAACGACACUCAACUAGAUAUCGUUGUCGCUAAUAUGGAUAGCAAUGAUGUGAGUGUCCUUUUUGGAUAUGAGAAUGGUUCUUUUGCAAAAGAAACAAGAUAUUUAGUUGGCUCUUAUCCACAAUCUGUAGCUGUUGGUGAUUUCAAUAACGAUACUCUACUAGAUAUCGUUGUUGCCAAUUCAGCUGGCGAUGAUGUGAGUGUCCUUCUUGGAUAUGACAACGGUUCUUUUGCAAACGAAACAAGAUAUUCAGUUGGCUCUAGUCCAAGUUCUGUAGCUGUUGGUCAUUUCAACAACGACACUCGAGUCGAUAUCGUUGUCGCUAAUUUGGGUGACAAUGAUGUGAGUGUCCUUCUUGGAUAUGACAACGGCUCUUUUGGAAACGAAACAAGAUAUUCAGUUGGCUCUCGUCCAAUAUCUGUAGCUAUUGGUGAUUUCAACAAAGACACUCGACUAGAUAUCGUUGUCGCCAAUCAAGUUGGCAAUGAUGUGAGUGUCCUUCUUGGAUAUGAAAACGGUUCUUUUGCAAAAGAAACAAGAUAUUCAGUUGACUCUUAUCCACAAUCUGUAGCUGUUGGCGAUUUCAAUAACGACACUCGACUAGAUAUCGUUGUCGCCAAUACAGCUAGCAAUGAUGUCAGUGUUCUUCUUGGCUAUGACUAUUUAGUAUUUGUAAAGCAAAUGAUGCUCAUAACUGGAAAUGGUUCCCGACCACAUUCGUUAGUGAUUAGUGAUUUUAACAAUGAUGGUCUAAUAGAUAUCGGUGUUGUCAAUUUAUUUACCCAGAAUAUUGUUCCAAAGUGCAGCCUCAAGUUCAAACCAACGGCUCAAAAGCCAAUUGAAUAUAAGUAUGGUCCACGAUCUGUCGCCAUCGGCGAUUUCGACAAUGAUACAGUUUUGGAUAUGGUUGUCGCCAAUCAUUUAGUCAACAAAAUAGCGAUAUAUUUGGGAAAUGGUGAUGGCAGUUUUACAAGUCCAACCAUGUAUUCAACAGGUUCCUACUCUAGCCCUUACACGGUCACCGUUGGUGAUUUUAACAAUGACAAUCGAUUGGAUAUUGUAGUAGCAAAUUUCGGCACUAAUAAUAUCGGUAUCUUUCAUGGAUUUGGCAAUGGAUCUUUCUUAAGUCAAAUAAAGUUUUCAACAGGCUCAUCUCGUCCAAUAGCAAUUAUUGCCGCCGAUUUCAACAGUGACUCACUACUUGAUAUUGCCACCGCCAAUUAUGGAACUUACAGUGUUAGUAUACUCUAUAGAACUCGCAAUGAAAAUUUUUCCCCUCCAAUUACGCAUUCAACAGGUUAUGAUUCUUUUCCAUUGUCAUUAGCUGCUGGAGAUUUCAAUAACGAUAACUAUUUAGACCUUGCCAUCGCUAAUUAUGGCACCAAUAAUGUUGGCAUACUUUUUGGAAACAGCAACAGAACUUUUGAAAAACAAAUCACGUUUUCAACUGGAUUAGGUUCUCAUCCAUACUCAAUCGCUAUUGGCCAUUUCAAUGACGACGGAUUUGUCGACAUAGCUAUUGCUAAUUCUGGAACGCAUGAAGUAGGCGUACUUCUGAACAACGGUAAUAGAACUUUCGCUAAUCAAGCCAAUUAUUCCAUCGGUUUCGCUUCUCCAUAUGGGAUUGGCGUUGGAGACUUCAACGCAGAUAAUCGAUUAGACAUCGUCAUAAUUAACAACGGCAAUAAAACUAUAGGUAUACUUCUUGGAUAUGGAAACGGCGAUUUUGAAAAUCCAAUCAUGCAUUCAACCAGUUCUUAUUCUUCAAUUUCAGUUGCAAUAGGCGAUCUCAACAAGGAUCAUCGAUUAGAUAUUGUCGUUGUCAACAAUGAUACUGGUAGCAUAAAUAUUCUUCUUGGUCAAUAUGAAGGUUUCUUAAAUGAAAAAAGCUAUGCAGUUGGCUCUUGGCCAUAUUCUAUAGCUGUUGGUGAUUUCAAUAACGACACUCGACUAGAUAUCGUUGUCGCCAAUAACGGUGCGAAUUAUACUAGUGUUCUUCUUGGAUAUGAGAACGGUUCUUUUGCAAAAGAAAAAAGAUAUUUGGUUGGCUCUGGACCAUGUUCUGUCACUGUUGGUGAUUUUAAUAACGACACUCGGCUAGAUAUCGUUGUCGCCAAUGAAGGUAGCAAUUAUGUGAGUGUCCUUCUUGGAUAUGGGGAUGGUUCUUUUGCAAAAGAAACAAGAUAUUCAUUUGGCUUUUUUCCACAAUCUGUAGCUGUUGGUGAUUUUAAUAACGACAAUCGACUAGAUAUCGUUGUCGCCGAUUAUUUUCAUAGUGCUGUGAGUAUCCUUCUUGGAUAUGACAACGGUUCUUUUGUAAAAGAAAUAAGAUAUUUGGUUGGCUCCGGACCAUAUUCUGUCGCUGUUGGUGAUUUCAAUAACGACAAUCGACUAGAUAUUGUUGUCGCUAAUCAGGACAGCGAUAAUUUGAGUGUCCUUGUUGGAUAUGGAAAUGGCUCUUUUGCGAAACAAAGAAGAUAUUCGGUUGGCUCUCUUCCAAGAUCUGUCGCUGUUGGUGAUUUCAAUAACGACAAUCGACUAGAUAUUGUUGUCGCCAACUUUGGUAGUAAUGACGUGAGUGUCCUUCUUGGAUAUGAGAGCGGUUAUUUUGAAGAAGAAACAAGAUAUUCGGUUGGCUCUCAACCAGUAUCUGUCGCUGUUGGUGAUUUCGAUAACGACAAUCGGCUAGAUAUUGUUGUCGCCAACUUUGGUCGUGAUGACGUGAGUGUCCUUUUUGGAUAUGAGAACGGUUCUUUUGCAAAAGAAAAAAGAUAUUCGAUUGGCUCUGGACCACAUGCUGUCGCUGUUGGUAAUUUCAACAAUGACAUUCGACUAGAUAUUGUUGUCGCCAACUAUGGUAGCGAUGAGGUGAGUGUCUUGCUUCAAAAUAACAGAGGAGCGAUAGCAUAUGAAAUGGCCUAUGCAUCUGGUGGUGGAUCUAGCCUACGAUGCGUAAGAAUUGGCGAUUUGAAUAACGACACUAAUCUGGACAUCGUCUUGGCUAAUUACGGUACUAAUAAUUUAGGUGUCCUAUUUGGAUAUGGAGAUGGUAAUUUCGAAAAUCAAAUGAUGCUUACCACUGCUUUAAUUUCUCAUCCGACUUCGAUUAUUAUUGAUGAUUUUAAUGGCGACAGUGAAGUGGACAUUGUUGUUGCCAAUUAUGAUGCAAUGCAUGUAGAUAUGCUGCUUGGAAAUGGAAACAGAACAUUUGCAUAUCAAACAAGCGAAGGAAUUAGUUUUGAUUCACGUAUCUUAGCUAUGGCUUCUGGUGAUUUUGAUAAUGAUAAACGAUCGGAUAUCGCCAUCAUUUACGACGAAAUGGAUAACGUAGAUAUCUUUGUUAGACACAAUCAUAGUUCUUUUUCAGAAUCAACAAAAUAUUCAGUUGGCUUUGAUCCAAGAUCUAUCGCUGUUGGUGAUUUUAAUAACGACAAUCGACUAGAUAUCGUUGUCACCAAUUAUAUGAACGAUGAUGUGAGUGUCCUUCUUGGAUAUGAGAAUGGUUCUUUUGCAAAACAGACAAGAUAUUCGGUUGGCUCUUUUCCAAGAUCCGUCGCUGUUGGUGACUUCAAUAACGACACUCGACUAGAUAUCGUUGUCACCAGUGCGUCUAGCGAUAAGGUGAUUGUCCUUCGUGGAUAUGAGAACGGUUCUUUUACCAAAGAAGCAAUAUACUCGGUUGGCUCUGAUCCAUUGGCUGUCGCUGUUGGUGAUUUCAAUAACGACAAUCGACUAGAUAUCGUUGUCACCAAUUAUAUGGACAAUGAUGUCAGUAUCCUUCUUGGAUAUGAGAACGGUUCUUUUGCAAAACAAGCAAGAUAUUCAGUUGGCUCUAAUCCAUUUUCUGUAGCUGUUGGGGAUUUUAAUAACGACAAUCGACUAGAUAUCGUUGUCGCCAAUUGGGAUACCAAUGAUGUAAGUGUCCUUCUUGCAUAUGAGAACGGUUCUUUUGCGAAGGAAAAAAGAUAUUUGGUUGGCUCUCAUCCAACAUCUGUCGCUGUUGGCGAUUUCAAUAACGACAACCGACUGGAUAUCGUUGUCGUCAAUUCGUAUAGUAAUGAUUUGAGUGUUCUUCUUGGAUAUAAGAACGGUUCUUUUGAAAAAGGAACAAUACACUUAGGUGGCUCUUUUCCAUUUAGUGUAGCCGUUGGUGAUAUCAAUAACGACGCUCGACUAGAUAUCGUUAUCGUCAAUUCGCAUAGCAAUGAUGUGAGUGUGCUUCUUGGAUAUGAGAACGGUUCUUUCGCAGAAGAAACAAGAUAUUCGGUUGGCACUGGACGACAGUUUAUCGCUGUUGGUGAUUUCAAUAAUGACACUCGACUAGAUAUCGUUGUCGCCGGUUGGUAUAGCACAUAUGUGAGUGUCCUUCUUGGCUAUGGCCUUACAGUUCUUGUAAAACAAAGAAUACUCAUUACUGGAGAUGGUUCUAGACCACAGUCGUUAGUGAUUGCUGAUUUUAACAAUGAUAAUCUCAUGGAUAUCGUUGUCGCCAAUAGAGGUACCCACAAUAUUGGUAUUUUUCUUGGAUAUGGCAAUGUCUCUUUUACAAAUCAAGUAACAUGUUCAACUCACUCAUAUUUAUCGCCAUGCUCUACAGCUGCUGGUGAUUUCAACAAUGAUCUUCGAUUAGAUAUUGUCUUUGUUAGUUGUGAUUCGGAUACGGUUGGUGUUUUGCUUGGACAUGGCAAUGGCUCUUUUGGAAAUGUGGUGUCGUAUCCAAUAGGUUCAAAUUCGUCUCGAUACUCUCUAGCUGUCGGUGACAUGAACAACGAUACUAUACAAGACAUUGUCGUCGCGAAUCAUGACCACAACAGUCUAGGUGUACUUCUUGGAAUUGGCCAACAUGAAAUAAAAAUUACCUAUCAUGGUAUUGAACAAGAACCAAGACCAAUAAUUGUUCGUGCAUUGGCAGCCAUUACUGAUUUGAAUUCUCAAAUACAAGAAACACAAGCAAAUUUUCUCAUACAUCCGUGCACAUAUUAUGUUGGAUUUCAAUUCGUAAAGAAUUAUGGAAAGAAAGAUGAACUGGUGCGAACAAAAGUUAUCGUAACAGAUAUUGAUGGAAAUCUAAUCAAUAAUGUUUUGGUUCAGUGUGAUAUAAUUGGACAUGGCAAGGAAAAAAAAGAAGAUCAAAAUGGUUUAACAAUAUUUGAAGACGUCACCGAUGAACAAAGAUUAACAAUUUUCAGUUCAAAUGAAGAUGCAGUUAAUAUCGAUUAUACACCAAAAAUAGGGGGCAGAUACAAAAUAUCAUACAGUGUCAAAGAUGAACAAGGACGAUUAGCUAUGAGUUACUAUGAAAAUUUUUAUGUCUCUGGUGGCUAUGUGCAAGAAGUAAAAGAACGCAAAGUGGAUUAUGUUCCAACUGAUAGAGUCACAAUUGUGCCGAAUGCAACAACUUAUCAACCGAAUGAUUUAUGUGAAUUACUAAUCUUAGCACCGUUUAGUCCAGCUAAUGGUCUACUUAUACUCGACUGUGACGGUCAAGUCUCACAACCAAUACAUUUUCAGAUAGAAUCUGGAAAAGAUUCAACAACUGUUGCAUUUAAAAUAUCAAAAGAUUGGGUGCCAAACUUCACAGUCUAUGCUGAACUAACAGGCUCAAUUCCAAGAGAGAUCGAAGUGAGUGAUUCUCUAUAUUGUCCAGCAAUCGCUACUGGUUCAGCAUCAUUAGAAGUAUCAAAAGAUAUUUAUAAAUUGAAUGUUUUAAUUAAUACGAAGGAAACAAAUAAAUUAUAUACACCAUCAUCAAUUAUUCAUAUAGAUGUCAAUGUUACACAACAUGUAGAUAAAUCAUCUGUAGACAAAGCAGAAGUUUGCUUAAUCGUUGUCGACGAAGCAAUCUUAUCCUUAACCGGUCACAAAAUAGAUAGUCCGUUAGACAUCUUUUAUCCUAGGCGAUCAGAAAAUAUCACAGAAUAUCAUAGUAGAAAUCGUUGUUUGUUAUUCAAUGCACAAGACAUAGAACAACUUAAGAAAGAUAUACGAGGCCGCUAUUUGGACGAAUGUUACGGUCGUCGUGGCGGUGGUGGCGGUGGUGGUGGUGGUGGUGGCGGUGGUGGUGGCGACGAUGAUUUAUCUACAUUAUCAAUAACAACAAGUUCAACAGCAUUAGCAUCACUAACUGAUGCAAUUGUCUCACUUUAUACAUAUCCAUAUGAAUGUACAGAACAAUUAAGUUCAAGAUUAUUAGGUCUACAAUCACUGUGGAAUGUUUUACAGGCAUUUCAUUGUAAAGAAUUACCUGACAUAUCAGUAUUGACAACUAGAUUAGAAUCAGACAUAAAUAAAUUAAAGGGCCGUCAAUAUUCAAAUGGUGGAUUUGGUUAUUGGACAAAUCAAAAUAAUUCUCAUGCUGAUCCAUAUAUGAGUAUACAUGUUGCACAUUGUUUGGCUGUUAUUGUGAAUAAAAAGGUAUUUUAUGUUGAUGUGAACAUGGUGAAAAAAUCGCUAAAAUACCUUGAAAACAUUGAAUCUGAAAUUGAUCAAUUACCAUACAGUAAAUAUUGGUCUGAAAGAACUCGAUUUAGUUUGAUGAGUUAUGCAUUAUACGUACGAGCGAAAUAUCGUCAAAAUGUUGCUGAUCAAGCUUUACAAUUAUUUCAGCGAAGUGGAUUUGAUAAACUUAGUUUAGAAGCAUCAGGUUGGCUAUUAAUAGUUUUAUCGAUAAAUAAAAAUAAUCAUAAAAAUGAUAUUAUCGAUAUUAUAUACACACAUUUCAAAGGUAAAGUAAGUGAAACAAGUGAAACAGCUAAUUUUAUCACGUCAUAUGGUGAUGAUGGUCAAUCAGUUAUGUUACAUUCAAAUCAACGAACAGAUGCUAUUUUAUUAGAAUCAUUAUUACACAUUGAUCCAAACUCCACUCUUUGUACUAAAUUAUGUAAAGGUUUACAAGCGCAUAAAGUGAAAGGUGCAUGGAAAUCAACACAGGAAAAUUGCUUUGUAUUAAUUGCACUAGAUAAAUAUUUUCACAUUAAAGAAGAAGAUACACCAGAUUUUGUUGCUCAUAUUUGGCUUGACAAUGAUUAUUGUGGUCAACAUCAAUAUAAAGGUAAGAUCAUAUCAUAA